GUCUCAACGUUUCACUGUGACCGUCAAAACCGAUACGUCGUGCCGUGAUGCAUCCAAUUCUCCUUUGGUGUCCCCUGCUGCUCCUGUGUCAUUUCUGUGAUGCACGGAACUCGAGCAUUUCAUGGAACUGCACGAUCGCUUCUCCGACGUCCACAGUUUCGUGCACGGGAAGCAAAGUGAACGAGACAACAGUGCUUUGGCUGGAAGACUCGGACCUGCCAUCGGGGAUCGACCCUGCUCGUGUUGACGCUCUCGCUCUAUCUGUGCCCUCUGUGCAUGUCGUCACCGAGCUGUCUGUGCCACUUCCCAACCUCCAACGCCUAGACCUCCGGAACAGUGGAGUCUCCAGUGUCUCCGCGGAUGCGUUCGGGACCCUCGGAAGCCACUUAACUGGGCUCUCGCUCACGAGUAACGCGCUCGCUUCCGUGCCGAGAGAUGCGCUUAAAGGCACUCCCCACCUCACCUCUCUUUUCCUUUCAAACAACACGAUAACGUCACUUCAGGGCGAGGACUUUGAGGGGCUUACCAAUAUUUCCAACCUUGCCUUGAGGAAUAACACAGUUAGUAGUAUAGCAGACGGCACCUUUGCGCGUCUGGAAAACCUAGUUACCCUCGAUCUUGCGCUUAACCGUUUGACCGCGUUUAACGCUACAAAAGUGGGCCUCGGUUCUUGCACCGCCGCUGUUUCGACGUCAUGCAGCCUUCUCGAGAGCUUGAACUUGCAUCGAAACCUUCUAUCUGGUAGGGACAUGGUUCUUCACCUACCUCUCCUGCAACAGCUCGAUUUGAGCCAAAACACCAUCAGUGACUUAUCCUUUCUCGGGGGCAAGAAAUCCUCGCUUCAGUCUCUCAUUGUGCUAGACCUAAGCCGCAACAGGAUCGGUCAUUUAAAAAUGGACGUUUUCGUGACGCUGACAAAACUGCAACAGUUGGACCUGAGUCAGAAUGAGAUUGACAUAUUGGACGGCCACGCUUUUCUUGGACUGUCAUCCCUUCGUAACCUUGAUCUAUCUGUGAAUGGCUUGACGUAUCUGGACGCCAAUCGCACGCGAGGACUUUCGUCGCUUGAGGCUGCCAACUUUAGUGACAACGACAUUGAAUACGUCCUCUCUGGGUCAUUUGCAAGCAGUCCGCUUCUUAGGAGUGUCAUCUUAACAGGUAAUCCCCUGGACUGUAGCUGCACAUUGUACACUUUUGCCAGACUCCUCAAGACACUCUCGGAUGACUCCAUCUCGUCAGCAAUAUGUGAUGGCAGUACCACUAAAGUUGUUGAGUUCGACUUCACGUCUCUGGGCUGCUCGAAAGAUCAUUCAGAUGCCCCUUCUCAACCUGCAACUACUACAACACUUGCAACUACCACCUCAACUGAGACACUUACAACUGUUGCGGAUUCUCCUACGGCAUCCACUCAAGCACCCUCAUCCUCUGUGGGUCACAGCACGACUGAUCUGACAACAGUCCCGCAACUGAUGGACAGCACUCCUACGAGUGCUCUCGCAAAGAAGUUUGAUGGUGGCAUGGACAUUGUACAUUUUGAGCGAACCAACAACACAAUCAAACUCUUUUUUAGUGGUCAUGGACUAGAACUGCCAGGCAAGCAGAUUAAUUGCUCAGUUUCUGUAGGUAUCUUAGGAUACUCGCAUAAUAACAUUACCGUUCAGUGCCCACAUAAUGGAGAGAACAGAACGGCUCUAGUCUCGUCUCUCGACAGCAAGCGUGAUUACGAGAUCUGCCUGUUGGCUUUCGAAAGCAACAAUGUGCUACUUCGUAAAUGCACGAUAUUCAAUUCUACAAUGCUCAGUAUGUCAUUACCUGUAACAACAACAACCGCAAGGGCGGACCUUCCAACCACCAACGUGGAUUCUCGAUUUACUGGGCCGGAAACGUCGGCUACCACCAUUACAUCAACUGAUGCUACAACGCAGCCCACAGAAUACAAGCAUGACGAAACAACCACAGCAUCAACUGUACUUGAGAACGUAACCCUCUCAUCGACAGAAACAGAAGGUGCAGUAACAGGCAUUCACAGCACGACCACUAUUCCUACACACGAGAAGCUGGUGGUGAACUGGAAGCCCAGUAACAUCUCAGACACCACUUCUCAGCCCACAACUACUACAGUGCUUGCAACUAUCACAUCAACUGAGACACUCACAACCGUUUCAGAUUCUCCUACGGCAUCCACUCAACGACUGAUGGCCAGCACUCCUACGAAUGCUCUCUCUGAGAAGUUUGAUGGCUACAUGGACAUUGUGCAUUCCGUGCGAAUCAACAACACGAUCAAACUCUUUUUCACCGGUCACGGACUAGAACUGCUGGGCAAGCAGAUUAAUUGCUCGGUUUCUGUUGGUAUUUUAGGAUACUCGCACAAUAACAUUACUGUUCAGUGCCCGCGCAACAAAGAAAACAGAACAGCACUAGUUUCAUCUCUCGAUAACAGGCGCGAUUACGAGAUCUGCCUGUUGGCAUUCGAAAGCAACGACGUGCUGCUUCGUAAGUGCAUGAUAUUCAAUUCUACGACGCUCAGUGUGUUGCCACUUACAACGGGAGCAACACCGGUCAUUACAACCACAAAGAAAGAUUCUCCGACUACUAGGUUGAAAACGUCGGCUGCUACCGUUACAUCAACUGAUGCUACAAUGCAGCCAACAACAGAAUACAAGUAUGAUGAAACAAGCACAGCAUCUAGUGUACCGGUGGACGUAACCCUGUCAUCGAGAGAAAUAGAAGGUGCAGGAACCAGUGUUCCCAGCACGCUCAUGUAUGUACAGCUAAUUCCUACACGAGACAAGCUGGUAGUGAACUGGGAACCCAGUGGCUUCUCCGUCCACAGCGAUUCUCGGUGCAACUUCACCAUCACUGUUCUCGAGAACAACGUCACCAUAGCCAGCUCAGAAGUACUGUGCAGUCCCGGACGACAGAUCGACAUCAAGAUAUUGGACUGGUGCAACGAUUACUUCAUCUGCUUGAGAAGCCGGAACUUUAAAUCAGUCUGCCACUCAAUUUCCCCCACUCAACUUGGAAUGAAAUGCACAAAAAGUGAUAUCAGUGUCGGCGCAAUAUCGGGGGCCAGUGGUUCGGGUGUUGGCCUUCCAGUUUCCCUGAUGGUUGUCAUAGCUGCCCUGGUAUUAACUGCAGUAGCCGUCGUAAUCAUAAUAGUUUUGCGUCGCCGUCGUACGCACGUUGUUACGCGGAAGAAGAGCAGCGAAGGUAGCAUACGGAUGCAGGUGAAUCGGCGGUCAGGAUCGUAUACUGUCAAGGUGGCCGACGACUCCACAACUGUCAACAAUGCUGCAAGCCUACAAACAUUUGGGAAAGUUUCACAGCGAGCGUCGUCUGUAGAUGAGCUCUGAUUUGCAGGUGUGACCCUUGAGACUGCUUUGCUCACAGUGACAUCACAGUGCAAUCCUGUUCAUUCUAAUUAUUCAUUAGAUGUAGAUAUUCAUUAGGUUAGAUAUUCACUAGGUCUAAUAAUUCAUUGUAAUGCAGUGGCGUGAGGGGGGCCGUAGGGGCGGUCGCCCCAGGUGCAAGAUUUUUUGGGGCGCAAGUUGUCGACAGAGAGAGAAAAGUUCAAAACAACAACGCCGAAAUUGUUUAUCACUUGAAAAAAAUCUCAAUUUUUUAACAUUGGGCGCUCUUGGAACGUUCUUCUGGGCGCCUCAAAGGCGAAGGCGAUUGAAGCAAGGUUCGAUAUACCACGCCGGUGUAAAAUUGCACCCUGUGUGCUUCGGCAGUAGACUGUGUGUGAUGAGACAGCAGGGCAUAUUCUCAAGGUGAAGCAACCGAAGCGCAAAGUCCAUGAAGCGUUUUCUACUGCAUGGGGGGAUUCUGAUGCAUUACUGUUAAGUGUCUUGCUUGGGGGCGCGAUUCUCAUUUCACUCCGGGCGCUGCGAACCCACACUAUGCUGCUGCAAAGGGGAAUGAAGAUUUGUUCGAAUGCACGCAGAGUUCGAAUUGAAGGGAUAUGCUCUGCAUGAGGGCUUCAUGCGUUGCAGCGCAUAUUAGCUGCAUCGGAGACACGUCAUGACCCGUUGGGCCUCGCGGCACGUUCGCGGUCGCGGGAUUGGCUGAAAUAUAGCAGGCUCAUUCUUUCCAGAAUAUUUAUUUAGAGGCAGGCAUCAAAACAGCUCAGGGCAGAAAAUAACCUUAUAUGCGCUUGCUUUUGUUUCUUCAGCCACGACUCUGUUAACGUCAUUCCAAUUCCGUCAUUCCAAUCACGAACUCCACGAACACGAAUAUCAGCAACCCAAUUUGAGAAAAUAUCGAACUAUGUCGGCCAUUUUGGGGGGGUUACUGUAUAGUCAACAGGAUGGGCUUUGAACCCCUCAAAACAGAGAGGCUUUCUUGCUUUGCCGACGCCGAGUUCCGUGCCAGUCACAUUUGCGUGCACCAUUAUGGUGAUUCGUUCCUUGCUACUCCUUCCUGAGGCAGAAGUAUUACUUUUAAUUGGAAUGGGCUUAUAAGUAAUAAGUGAACCUAACGUUUAAUAAGUAAAGCUGUCCCUGACAUGCCAACAGCGUACAGGCCACGCUUCAACGUCGAUGUGUGGUUUACCGCGGUCAGGCGAUCUUCUUUGAAUAAACCGCUCCACACGUUCAUGUGUUCGAAUUACCGACUCUCUUCCCCCCCCCCUCAAAUACACAUGGAUUUGCCAGGACCGAAGUGUCAGUUCAAAUUAUCCGGAAGUUCCAAUUAAGAUAUUUCAAAUUAACGGGGUUGCACUGUACCACUUUGUUUUCACAUGCAGCAGUACAGCUAGCACUUCUGGGCCUCUACUUAUUGGAGCGAUGGCUUCGAGCACUGUUUCCAUACUGCCGUAGAUUACACAACUUGAAUGUGCGUUCGAGAAAAUCCUGUCUCAUUCAUUUCUGUUGUUUGGGUAUUCCCAAGGAAGCCUAAAUGACGUACCAUAUGUAUUAGAGCUAUGCAAAUAGCAAAAUUUCCAUUGCAAAUAGUUCACGAAUUUUUCACUUGCACUUUGAAUCGAAUCCGAAUACAAUUUCUUCAUACGGCGAAUCAAAUUCGAAUGAUCAAAAAAGGCCCAAUCCAAAUAAUCUCGAAUACCACACGGCGAAAUGUUUUGUGGUGCUGUGCUCAUUCGAUGAUGUUCUGCUCCAAACUUGUGAGCCUUUUCACCCAGCAUAAGAUAUUGUGAGAGAAGGGUCGAUCUGUGUCGUUCGCACACUCUAACACGUAUCAAUUGAGUUUCAGAAAGUUGUAAAUACCCUGUGUACUACCAACAGAAACAAUAAAGAACCUAGAUAAACCAUGAUAA